CUACUAUGUAAACAAAUCGUCGUUUGUGGAGACCGGACUCUGUCGGCACAAAGUUAGUCAUAGAUAUCAUGAAUUUCCACCGGAUAUAAUUGACUGAAUGAUCGAAUCGAAGGUAAACCAAUGUAAAUCAACGAUUGGAGUUUAAUUCAUAACUUGUGAUGCACCAAAUGCAGAAUUCUUAAGUUGAAGUAAUCAUAAAAAAGGAAGGGUAUUUCUUGGUCAUGUUGGGAACCAUUUAGGACUGGUGUCCAUUUGAUUUUUCUAGUAUUCCAAACAGAGGAAACUUUCUUCAGAUCCUAACUGGGAUUGAGUAUUGUACAUAGAACAUCCUGUGAUGAUGGAAGCUGAAAAAUCAUCAUCAUUGCUGCUGUUCAUCAAAGAAGAGGAGGAGACUUUGGAGGAAGGUCUAACUGAAAACACAGGGGAAGGCUCUUCAUUUAUAGACCUCUUCUUAGAAAUCAAGGCAGAACCAGAAUUUUUUGACUAUGAUGAAUUUGAUGUGAACUGUUCAUCCCAGUCUAUUAAGUAUGAAGACAGUUCUCCAAGAUGUGAUGAUGAAAGUAGAAGGAAGGUCUGUAUUGCAGAAGAAAAUAGAUGUGUGGGUAAAAGAGAUGCAUCUCCAAAGAGAAGUAAUACAGCAGGGAAGGAAAUAACUUGUGCCGAAUGCCAAAAGACAUUUUCACACAUGUGCCACCUGAAAUCCCACAUGAGAAUUCAUACAGGUGAGAAACCAUAUGUAUGCUCUACAUGUCAAAGAAGUUUUUCUGAUUCAAGUGCCCUAUCAAGGCACAUGAGAAUUCAUACAGGAGACAAACCAUAUGUAUGCUCUAUAUGUCAAAGAAGUUUUUCUUAUUCAAGUGCCCUCACAAGACACAUGAGAACUCAUACAGGAGACAAACCAUAUGUAUGCUCUAUAUGUCAAAGAAGUUUUGCUGAUUCAAGUGCUCUCACAAAACACAUGCGAGCUCAUACUGGAGAGAAACCAUAUACUUGCUCUAUAUGUCAAAGAAGUUUUUCUGAUUCAAGUGAUCUCACAAAACACAUGCGAGCUCAUACUGGAGAGAAACCAUAUACUUGCUCUAUAUGUCAAAGAAGUUUUUCUGAUUCAAGUGCUCUCACAAAACACAUGCGAGCUCAUACUGGAGAGAAACCAUAUACUUGCUCUAUAUGUCAGAUAAGUUUUUCUAUUCAAAGUACUUUCAAAAGACACACGAGAACUCAUACAGGAGAGAAACCAUUUACUUGUUCUAUAUGUCAAAGAAGUUUAUCAGAUUCAAGUGCUCUCACAAAGCACAUGAGAAUUCAUACAGGUGAGAAACCAUAUGUAUGCUCUAUAUGUCAAAGAAAUUUUGCUGAUUCAAGUGCUCUCACAAAACACAUGCGAACUCAUACAGGAGAGAAACCAUAUACUUGCUCUUUUUGUCAGAUAAGUUUUUCUCUUCAAAGUACUCUCAAAAAUCACAUGAGAACUCAUACGGGUGAGAAACCAUAUACUUGCUCUAUAUGUCAAAAAAGUUUUUCUCAAUCAUGUCAUCUCACAGGACACAUGAGAACUCAUACGGGAGAGAAACCAUAUACUUGCUCUAUAUGUCAAAAAAGGUUUACUCUAUUAAGUAAUUUAAAAACACACAUAAGAACUCAUAAAUGAGAGAUGCCUUCUCCUCAGGUAAUCCAGUGUGUCACCCCCUAACUUUGAGUAAUCAGGGUUAAGGACAGUUUCGAAUAACCAAUAAGAAGCCGCAGGCAGUGAGGAACUACAAUGAGAAUGACAAAUGAUUAUGAACAAAGAUGCUGGAAAGGUACUUGUUUCUGCACCAGUGGGUUGUUGUUGAUGGCGCUUGUGCAACUUCUACCACUCAGGAGGGAUCCCCACCAGACUAGCACAGUCUUGUUCCUGGGCCCCAGCAACCACCAAGACAAGGGACCAAAAGAAACCAAAGACAAUACCAAUGUGUUAAAUGGUCCCUUGAGGAGAAGAAAAUCCUCCACCUCUGCUUCACCUACUCAAGGUAUGAGGGGUGAGGCAGAUGUAAGAAUCUAGUAUUUGAGAAAAAAAUAAAGGAAGCGGAUUUACCAGUUGAAAAGGUUGCAGCCACCACAAUGAGACUUUUAACAUCAAUAGUCUCACAGAUUCCCCAAUAUCUCCCAGAAAAAGAAAUAGAAUAGAUAAAAAAAGAAGCCAAGUAAAAAGCAAAGAGUUAUUAUGAAAAAAUAGAAGCAGGUGAACAGGUAUAUAGAAAAAGUAUUUGGAACAGAGAAGAAGAAUGGGUAUUGGUAUGGGCAAUGGAGUAUGCCAAAGGAAAGUUCACAAGACAAAGAGAAAGAUGUAAUGAAUGGCAGAGCAUAUUCCAUCACCACUGCCCAAAUAAGAUUGGGAUACCAAGAGCAAAGCUGACCACCCAGAAAUUCAAUUUCCUCAUCUAAAAGCACUUCACAGAAGAGGAAAUUGAAAAGAUGGGGGAGGAAGUUCUGAACAUGGUAAAAAACAACAAAUGCCCCAUUGAGAAGCCUUUGGAACUGCCAAGGGAUAACAUUGCAGUAACUACAGAUCAAGUCCAGCAAAGAUCAGUCUGUUGAUGCCUCAGAGCUCCACAACCCCAAGGCAAACAAGUCAUGAUAGGAGAUGCCAGGAUAGACGAGUGAGGAUGACAACAACGGAACCAUUGGGCUCCCCCUACUUGAGCCCUAGCACGGGCACAGAAGUUCUAGACAGCCCUGCGAGAAGAAAUGGAACCACACUACAGCCGGGCGACCAAGUGACAUCCAAACAGAGCUUGACCCAGAACAGCGGGAACUGGAAUAGGAACUAGCCAAUAAAACUGAAGAGAGUAAAGCAAUACCAAUGGAAGACCAUCCCAAGCUGAUCAAACAAAGUAAAGAACUCAAAGCAUGAGUGAAAAGAAUCAAAAUUGUGCUUGCUAGAAUGGUCCUGGCAAGAUUGAGUCCGACCGAAGCCAAUCUUAUCAACUGUGGUGCAACAUGGUACAUACAAAGUAAGAUCAUACCAGAUUAUGAAGAAAAGAGAGGAAUCCGGCCAAAGAAAAGAAAUGUAGAGCUGUCAUGGACAAAGAAACAACAUGAUAAAAUAAACCAGUUAAGGGCAGAGAUCUCCCAAAUGACCAUGUAUAUGAGAGGCCAAAACCACCCACAAGAUCUGCUCAAGAAAAUAAGGAAAAUAAAGAAAAAAUACAGAAUAGGGGAUGAACAAAUGAGUGGAAAACUGGCAGAUUACCAAGCCAAUGUAAAGGCCCUAGCAGCACAAAUAAGAAACAAACAACAGAAGAUAAAAGCAAAAUAAAUAGAUAGGCAGUUUGGUGAAAAUCCAAAGAUUGUGUAUAGAAACAAGACGAAAGACACGGUGUAGGUACGAACACCACCGAGCAAGGAAGACCCAGAGAGAUUCUGGAAGCCACUGUUUGAAGACCCUAGUCAUCACCAAGAGAAUUCAUAAAUUUACACCAUUAAACAGAAGAACAGCCAGAAACAGCAAGUGCCUCCAAUAAGGUUUGCUAUAGAUUAAGUAACAAAGAAAAUAAAAGAAUAUGGUAAUUUCAAGACACCAGGUUUAGACAAGAUCCCAAAUUUCUGGCUAAAAAAGAUCACAGCACAACACCACACUUAUGUGCAAGCCUUCUCAAGAAUAGUAAGAGGAGAAGAAGAAUCACCAGAGUGGCUCACAACAUGAAACACCAACCUUCUCCCUAAAAGGUCUGAGACAGCUCCCUAGCAAAUAUAGGCCCAUCUGCUGUCUACCAACAACCUACAUAUGGCUCACAGGAGUCAUAGCAGACGAGAUCUAUGAACACCUAGAUAAAGGCAAAUAUAUGGAAAAAGAACAAAAGGGAUACAUAAGAAAUAAACUUGGCACUAAAGAUCUACUGCAAAUAAACAAAACAAUAUUAGAAGAUUGUAAGAAAAGACAAAGGAACCUUAAUAUGGCUUGGAUAGAUUACAAGAAGGAAUGAGGAAAUAAGAGCUUUCCUGGCAGCCCAGAUGAUUAAGUGGGAGACCACUCUUUCUAAAACACACUGAGGGCCAGAUAGCAAUUCCAGACAUAAAGAUCCAAAGAGGAAUAUUCCAGGGUGACAGCCUCUCACCACUUCUCUUCUGCUUGACCAUAGAUCUGCUUAGUAAAAUUUUGAACAUUAACACUGGCUAUGACCUAAGCAAAAGCAGAAAAGAGAAUAAAAGAGUGAACCACCACCUGCUCUUCAUGGAUGACCUGAAGUUGUAUGCAGAUUCAGAAGAAAAAUUGGAAGAUAUAGUUAGGAAAGUCCACCAAAUGCCAUGCAGAUAACAUCUGCAUGGCAUUUGGGUUGGACGAGUGUACCAAGAGUACAAUAAAGAAAGGGAAGAAAGUAACAUCAGAAGGUAUAAAGGUAGAGUCUGCAUAUAAGUACUUGGGAACGGAAGAAAACACUGGUAUAGAACACAAGAAAAUGAGAGAAAAAUAACAAAACAAUACAUCAGCUACUUAAAGAAUAAGUCAGAAUUAACGCCAAAGAAUGAGAUUACUGCCAUAAACCAGCUGGCGGUGCCAGUGGUGACCUAUGGUUUUGGCAUUGUAGACUGGCCACAGGUGAGUGAGACAGGAUGGAUAUUAAAACCAGGAAGAUUCUCGCCCUACAUAAAGUCUUACAGACACCAGUGUAUGGACAGAAUAUACCUCCUCCACAGAGAAGAUGGAUUAGGCCUGACUGAGAUCAACCAGGACUACAGAGCAGCAAUAGUAAGUAUAGGGCAGUACUUAAAAAGCUCCGAGGAUGGAAACAACAAAAGGGUUUCCCAACACCAAAAGGAAGCCCUGAGCCAACUAACAUCAAUAACAAAACAGGUGAAGAACGUCACAGGAGAUCUAGAAAACACAGAGGGUACUGAACAGACUCCAGCAACAAUGAUAGCCAGGAUGACAAGGCAGAAGUACAGUCACAGAGAGGAGAGAUUUAGAAAGGAAAGGUUGAAAAACCAGGGAUAGACAGGAGGAUUUCAAGAACUGGAAAAAGGUUACAUAGACAAAGAAGAGUCACUUAGAUGAAUAAGAAAUGGAGAUCUAGGUUAUGAUGGAGAAAGACUGAUAAUAGGAGCACAAUAUCUAGGCCUGACAAACGGCUUCAAGAAAAUGGUGGGCAUAUCAGCAAAUGACCAGUGUAGGUUUUGUUUUGCAGCGGUUGAGAGUGUGAAUCAUCUGAUAUCAGCCUGCAAGACCCUGCUUGCAGAUGGGAACUACACAGCCCACCACAACAAGAGCUGUAAAUAUAUACAUCAGAAAAUAUGUAAAGAAUACAGAAUUGAAGUGAAAGAAAAACUCUGGGAGCAUGAACCAGAUCCAGUUGCCUCCAACAAGACCAUUACCACCUUUUAUGGCAAGGAGAUUCAAACAGGAAGAUACGUAUAUAGAAGGAGGUGCUAUAAAACCUGAUAUUGUGAUCUGGAACAAGGAGGAAAAAAUGACAAAGAUUAUAGAAAUGGCAGUACCCAGGGACUUUGGCCUCAAUAGAGCUGAAAGGCAUAAAAUAACAAAAUACCAAGACCUAAAGAACGACCUGAAAAGCACAUGGGAACUGAAGGAAAUAGAAAUAAUACCUGUGGUGGUAGGGGGGCAACAGGACUUAUAGAGAAAAACCUGAGAAAAUAUCUUCUGGCAAUACCAAUUUGCCCAAAUAUAAAUGAGGUGCAGAUUACUGCCCUCAAAGGAACAGUAAACAUAUUGAAAAGAGCCCUUGGAUAUAAGGCUAGUGGAAUAUAGAGGUGCAACCAUAGACCCCAGGGUGGGGCCCAUUGCACCCCUGAUAUAAAUUGGAAAUUAAGAAAACUGUAAGCCAGAGAGAAACUAUUCACUUACUCUAUAUGUCAAAGAAAUUUUUCUCAACAAAGUCAUCUGAAAAGACAAGAAUUUGCACUAGACAGAAAAUGUAUACUUGAUCUCUGUCCAAGUAGUUUUUAUUUCAUGCUUUUAUUUAACUCAACUCUGCAUCUGACUGUCCUGAAAUCUUGUAACUCAGUUUUCAACCUGUUCCCUUCACCGAUAGACUUGAAAUUUUGCAUGGUUACUCAAGCUGAAUGCUUUGUAUUAGCUCACUAAACACAGUGGACUGUCUGUAUUGGUGUAUUUUGUUUUAGACUAACCAGUCAGAAGUGCUGAAAAAAGACUUGCUUCGUAAGUGACGAAAAUAAUGUAUUAUUCUGGUUAGAUUAAACUUCUUUUUUUUUAUUUUACUGUUUCAAUGUAUAAAGUUCAGAAAUAUUGAUAAAUAAUAAAAAGAGUUUAUAUAUGAAUGUUGUUUUCUUUCUUGUGUUUCAACCACAUAAGUUCUAUCACUUAACUUCUCAGGUAUCUUGUAAGGACCUUGAAAUUUAUGGGCGAGGGGAAAUCUCUUGACAGGUAAGAAAACUAACACUUGUUGACUAACAGAAAAACUUCUUAGCUUAGUCUUCUCAUCAUAUCCCCUUUUCAUUUUCUCUUUACUUAC